UUACCGGGAGACAACUCUGAUUACGACUAUAGCGCCCUGAGCUGCGCCUCGGACGCCUCCUUCCACCCGGCGUUCUUCCCGCAGGGCCAGUCCCUGAAGGGCGUCUUCUACCGCCGGGCGCAGCGGCUGCGGCCCCGGCCCCAGGACGCACCGCGCCUGGCCGGCCAGCCCGAGGACCGGCGGCGGCAGAUCAUCAUCAACGUGGGCGGCAUCAAGUACUCGCUGCCCUGGACCACGCUCGAGGAGUUCCCGCUCACGCGCCUGGGCCAGCUCAAGGCCUGCACCAACUUCGACGACAUCCUCAACGUGUGCGAUGACUACGAUGUGACCUGCAACGAGUUCUUCUUCGACCGCCACCCGGGAGCCUUCGGCACCAUCCUGACCUUCCUGCGGGCCGGCAAGCUGCGCCUGCUGCGGGAGAUGUGCGCCCUGUCCUUCCAGGAGGAGCUGCUGUACUGGGGCAUCGCCGAGGACCGCCUGGACGGCUGCUGCAAGCGCCGCUACCUGCAGAAGAUCGAGGAGUUCGCCGACGUGGUGGAGCGGGACGACGACGACGACGAGCCGCUGUCCAGCGACGACCCCGGCAGCGAGGGCCCGGCCGAGGGCGAGGGCCGCCUGGGACGCUGCAUGCGGAGACUGCGCGACAUGGUGGAGAGGCCGCACUCGGGGCUGCCCGGCAAGGUGUUCGCCUGCCUCUCGGUGCUCUUCGUCACCGUCACGGCCAUCAACCUGUCCAUCAGCACCCUGCCCAGCCUGCGCGAGGAGGAGGAGCAGGGCCAGUGCUCGCAGAUGUGCCACAACGUCUUCAUCGUGGAGUCGGUGUGCGUGGGCUGGUUCUCCCUCGAGUUCCUCCUGCGGCUCAUCCAGGCGCCCAGCAAGUUCGCCUUCCUGCGGAGCCCGCUGACGCUCAUCGACUUGGUGGCCAUCCUGCCUUACUACAUCACGCUGCUGGUGGACGGCGCGGCCGCGGGCCGCCGAAAGUCGGGCGCGGGCAACAGCUACCUGGACAAGGUGGGGCUGGUGCUGCGGGUCCUGCGGGCGCUGCGCAUCCUGUACGUCAUGCGGCUGGCCCGCCACUCCCUGGGGCUGCAGACGCUGGGGCUCACCGCCCGCCGCUGCACACGCGAGUUCGGGCUCCUGCUGCUUUUCCUCUGCGUGGCCAUCGCCCUCUUUGCCCCCCUCCUCUACGUCAUCGAGAACGAGAUGGCCGACAGCCCCGAGUUCACCAGCAUCCCCGCCUGCUACUGGUGGGCCGUCAUCACCAUGACGACUGUGGGCUACGGAGACAUGGUACCCAGGAGCACGCCCGGCCAGGUCGUGGCCCUCAGCAGCAUCCUCAGCGGCAUCCUCCUCAUGGCCUUCCCGGUGACCUCCAUCUUCCACACCUUCUCCCGCUCCUACCUGGAGCUCAAGCAGGAGCAGGAGAGGGUGAUGUUCCGGAGGACCCAGUUCCUCAUCAAGACCAAGUCGCAGCUGAGCACCAUGUCCCACGACAGCGACAUCUUGUUUGGAAGUGCCUCCUCGGACACCAGAGACAACAACUGAGCCCAGAGGACGUACCCCGUCGCCAGUGCCACCGCCACCGCCAGGACACCCCCAGCUCUGCCUGCCCUUGCGGCUUGAAGCUAUUGCCAUCACGACACGGAGCCUUCGAAGGCACAUGCUGCCCUGGGCGAGGCCCUGGCAUAGGACCCACUCGAACCACACCCCAAGAAGGACGCCUGCAACAUCCGCAGAGGGGUCCCUACCCCUCCGCCUCCACAAGUGAAGCAGCGGCUGGUCAAGAGCCCAGCACACAACAGUGACAGGCCCCCCGCCCGCCCCCGGCCCCGUGUCUGUUUCCCCCGAUAGGAAGAUGGUUUUGUUCUUUCCGCCAUGUAAAUAACAAGCCCAGCAAAGACUUGCUUUACGGGUCUGGCCGGAGAAAAAGGACAGAUGACAGCACUGUGUUUCAUGUGGAUCACGCGCAAUUAAAGAAAACCGAUGAAAAAGAGAGAAAAUGCCUUCUGUGGGGCUCUGAAGAGAGGAAGCUGUUCGCCAGCAGAGCCAGCCAGUGUGGGUACUGGGAGGACAACGGCCUGCUUCCUGGGGUCAUUCAGGCCUGGUCGGGCCCAGUGGGGUAAGAGAACAGGAAGAGAACAAGACACCUUUGGGGAAAUUGUCAGUAAAUUCUGCAUUCCUUUUCUGUUUUUCUUUGAUUCCUACCAUCUCCUGGCCCCUCUUCCUCCCUUUUCCCUUCUCUUCCAUCCUCUGUUUUCUUCUUUUAGGGUUCUCAAACUUUUCCCCCAAGGCACCCCAAUGGUUAAGUGGACACCAAGGGGCCCGUCCACACUGCCAACUACAAAGGUGAUAUCGCUUCAUUUUAUCUUUUAAAAAUACUGUGGAUUUUCUUCUCUACUCCACAUUCAUUUUAACUUUCUUUUUAAAAAAUGCUUUAAAUCACUUACCUGAAUCUAAAUCUAAAUCUAGAGUGGGAUUGAUGCUUUGGGAAGGUGGGCCAGGGUCCCCUGGGCAGUCUGGAGGCACUGUCUUGGGCCCCCUAAGGCCUCCCUGUGCCCUCCAAUGGCCUCCCGAGCACCCACCCGGCUGGGCACUGCUCCUGAUGGACAUUAGAGAGGGACCCCCCCACCAGCCAACAGAUUUACUCAGCCUGAGGGCAUCAGAGCCCCUUGUGCUAGGACAGGGAGGGGGCUUCACCCCCAGGGCACAGCCACAGCCUGGCUUCACCCUCCCAGGUAUGGCAACAUGGCUUUCUUCAUCCCAUACCCACUGCUGCCUCGGCCGUGGCCCCUCCCCGGGCACGCUCUGACACAAAUCUGACCACCUCACUGUCCUGAGUCCACCAGGGGCCGUCCAUUAUAUUGAGAAUAAAACCCAAAUGCCCUGAGUGUCCCGGGCUCUGUCCUCCUGUCCAGCUUCAUCCCCCGCCUCUGUCUGCUUUGCUCACUCCACCCAGCCACAGGGCCCUCCGUCUCUGCUGACAUACCCAGCCCCUUCCCAUCUCGGGCCUUCGCAUCUGCAGACCCCUCUCCCAGGAAUGCCCUUCCCGAAGAACCCUCCACGGCUGCCCCUUCCCUCACUUCCCUGACCAUGUCUCUGAAGAAUGCACACCAGCAGCUCCUCCUAACUCCCUCCUGCGGUCCUUGAUCUUCCCGCCUGUCAACCUUCCAAGUUGCCCCACGUAUUCCCUGCCUCUCGGUCGCCGUCUGUCUCCUGCACAAGGAGCUCCGUGCUGCUCUCGCGCUGUGAGUCCCUACAGGGCAGCGCCGCUCACUGCUGACUCCCAGCACCUAGCCCAGGGCCUGGCACAGAGCAGGAGCUCCUGAAACGUCUGGGGAGUGAAUGAAUGAAGGGAAACGGGAAAGGCGGCCAGAAAGCAGAAGAACCUUCGAGCAUGUCUUAUCUAUCUUGGGUGGGGAGGCAUGGCGAUCUCAGCACGGUGUACAUGCAGUGAGGCAGAGGGGAAAUGUCAUUUGAGUCACGAGGGCCUUGUUAAAGGCUCCCCUGACGCCUGCUUCCCGUGACUCACGCCUGAAAAGUAAGUUUUCCGACUAAUUAGCUCUACCUUCCCCAGCCUGGUGGGUGUCAUAGCAAUCGGGCACUGCCGUCAUGGUAAUAAUACCUUAGAUUUAUGGAAUGACCUUUUUUCCCUCUCCAAAGGGGCUGUGAGAGACAGGAGACGAUUGAAAAUGCUACACAGACAGAAACGUGACACAGAGCGGUACACAAUGGAGCCCUUUAAAACUCAGUGGAGUGGAAAGCAAAUACCAUUUGGGGUGGAGGAGCCCCAAAUAGGACAGCACUGGUGGGGGAGCUGUGCCCCCCCCAACACAGAGGACAGAGUCUAGGGUUGUGCCGAGGAGGAGCUGGGGUCACGGGAGGGUUGAGAAUUCUGCAUCUUCUCGCACAGGGUCCACGAUAGAGACCCAGACUUAGGCACCUCUACAGACCUCCCCUGAGGGACAGAGGGGCUCCAGACACUGACCUACACACCCAGAGGGCGGCUUAGGGUCUUUGGCCCUAAUUAAGAAUUGGGAGCCUUGGAACUCCUCACCAGCUGCAUCUAGGGCAAAAGUGACCACCUUUACGAUUAGGGCUUUUCUGCUUUUUUCUGGCAAUGUGGAAUCUGAUGCAGAAAGCCCAGCUAUAAAUCACACGGAAAAACAACUCUUCUCAUGGAAGCGUGGGGGCAAAAUCCUGGCCCCUGCCCUAAUGGGGCUUCCCUUUUGACGCUGGUACAGGCAACUGACCCCAUACAGCUGGGAAGACAGUGUGGGAAAGUCACUGCUCUAGGAGAAACAGCAAAGCAAGCCUUUAGCCACUGGCACCCACAGCUGCUGGGUCAGGAGCACCCAUCCCACUGAGGGGGCUGAGGACAGGUACCAAGACCACCUCCCUCCACAGAACCAGAGCCCACACAGUGGGCCAGGUGAACUGAAGACAGUAACUUCUGAUGUUGGUAAGCACAGAGUGACCUGGCAAGGAGUGACUGGGACCAGAGAGAGGUGGAGAGCAGCCACUUAAGAGGGUCCGGGAAGGGGGCACCUGGCUGGCUCAGGGGAGCACGUGACUCUCGAUCUCAGGAUCGUGAGUUCGAGUCCCACAUUGGGUGUAGAAAUUACUUAAAUAAAUAAACUGAAAAAUUAAAAAAAAAAAAAAAAGAGGGUCAGGGAAGGACUCCCUGAGGAAGCAGCAUUUAAAAGGAGACCUGAAGGAGAGGAUAGACAGCAAUCCAAGCAGAGGGGACAGCAAUCGCAAGCAGAGGGGACAGCCAGUGCAAAGGCCAAGAGGUGGGGAAGAUGGAGACAUUCUCCAGUUGUCAAGGGAGCACAUGGGCAUGGAAACUCGUCCCUGCUGGGCACAUCCUUCCUCCCAGGGAGAAAACUCCGAUCUGCAGAGUAGAUGCCCUGAAGAAACAUUUCCAGAAACUUCCUCUGAAACAGGCCUUACCACAGCAGCUGGGGGCAAAACAAAACAGAACCGGACUCAGUGCCUGCCCCGAGGUGCGGAUAAUCUGGUGGAGAAAAAGACACGUGAGUAAGAUAUUUCCAAACGUAUGGAAUGACGGGCAUGCAGACAUGGGGCUCUAGGAGCGUGGAGAAAGACAUCAAAGAAAGUAUGGUUUUCACUCAGAUUUCCAUUUGCUAAAAUGGCUUCACGUAUGUUUUCCCUCAGAAACCAAUAAAG